AAACCCACUUCUCGUUAUUUUCAUCGACGCCACCUCAUCCAACGCAUCCACAUUUUUAAUAGACUUCAAAAGGAUUUCCCAGGAAACAACAUCGAUCCAAACCCCUUAUUCCAACCAAGACUCAGAACUACAUUUGGAUUUACUAGGUUCCACUAACACUUUACUUCUCUUAUUUCAUUUUGCAUUCGUCACUGUAAUCAAAUUAUUCUCAUAUCCACUCGACACGCCAUCUGAUUCAAACAGAACAUCUGUUUCCGCCAUUUUUCCUCCUGAGAUCGCCUUCAGAACCGGAAGUUAACAUGAACAACUGUCGUCUUCUUCUUCUUUGUCUUCUUUAAGUUUUAUUGGCGAAUCGCAACCAACUGACACGUGCGUACACAUACACCAACUGUACAGGAGUUUGAAUCCUUUCACGACCUAUCUAUGCCACUAUAUUCUCUUAACUAACCCUGCAUUUCUAAUACAAUACAAUUAUUCCCUACAAACCUCACUAAUCCCAUCAUCCCCGUCCAACCUCUCUUUCUACAUCAUACGUUUCACUAAAUAAUAUAUGUUCAACCUCUUUAACAACUAUCCCCUGAUUGGUGGAAACGUUGAAAAAUCCCGCGAGUUUUAAAUUGAUUGACAGCUCUAGAGCACUGGACGACCUUCGUCUUCGAAGUCCACUCAAUUAAGUCCAUCGUGAAGACAGAUGCUCGACGGUGAAAAAAGUCAAGAUGUCAGUGGUUCAGAUGGUGAAGAUCUUGGGUCUGGGGGCUGUGGCCCUCACUCUCAGUGUGGAGUGGUUGGGCUGGCUCUUCUGUCGCCUCUGGCCCCGGAAAAUAUCCAGAGGGCCCCUGAAAGAAGUGUUCUUUUUUCCUACAGAGGUCGCCUGCACAGAGCGUCUCUUCACUCCUGACUCACCGUUCCCCUGCCCCUGUCCCUUACCCCACAACGUCAACACCUCCUUCACCCGUCUCCUGGGCCACAUCCUGUCUGCCUCCUCCUCCUUGGACCUGUGUGUGUUCGCCUUCACCAACCUGGAUCUGAGCCGGGCCGUGCUGGCCCUCCACACCAGGGGCAUCCCCAUCCGUAUCCUCACUGACAUGGACUACACCCUCAUCACCGGCUCCCAGAUAGGGGCCAUCCGCAGAGCAGGCAUCUGUGUGAGGUGUGACUCCGGCGCCGUCCACAUGCACCACAAGUUUGCCGUGGUGGACGGCCGGCGCCUAAUCACCGGCUCCCUGAACUGGACCCUGACAGCCAUCCAGAGCAACAAGGAGAACAUCCUGGUCACGGAGGAACCAGACCUAGUCCUGCCCUUCAUCACUGAGUUCCAGAGGCUCUGGGAUGUCAAUGACCCGGCUAGGAGACACCUGCCGUCCAUCGCUGAGAAAACUGCUAGUUUAGUACUAUAGAGAGACUGAGAGAAACAUGGCUGAAAUGUUUGUAUGGUGCAGUAGCUAGUGGUUACUUUUGGUUUACCAACUGGUACGGUGAUUGUGUCGAUUAUUUAAAAAUAUUUUCCAUUUGUGAGAAACCUGCUAGUUUAGUACUAUGGAUAGAAAGGUGUAUGUAUGGUCCUUAUCCGGGACAGACCUGUCCAAAUACAAAUUGUGUUUAUAUAAGUGUAGUGUGGUACAUUAGGAUUGGGCAGUACUGGUCAAGUACAUGAUGUAUAAUUUGGGUAGCUUGCUAUCUAGUAGUUUUAUAUUAUUUUUUUCAAUCUCAGAGAAACCUGCUCAUCCACAUCUUAUCAGAGAAACCAGCUUUCUUCGUCAUGUAAAUAGACUGAGAGAAACAUGGCUUUUAUCUGUAGUUUCCUACUUCAGUAGAAGUAAUAUAUUUUUGACAGAUCAAUCACUGCUUUACACUGGUGUGGGGAUGAUGUAGAAAUGGGUAGUUUGAUAUUUUGUACUUGAACGUUUUUUUGUAGUUUUACGUUGUUUACAUUGAGGUAUUUUGUUAUUGUAUGACACGAUGUUGUAUAUAUUUUAAUACAAAGUAAUUAGAAU